UUUCUCUCUCAUCCCCUCUCUCUCUCUCUCCAUGCCCGCAAAACUACCAUUCCUGAUUCCCAAUCCCCUUUGCCCCCAUUGCCCCAGAAACCACCAUUUUCACUUGCAAGUCCCACCAGGGCGCGCACGCCACCCCGCUAGUGCGCGCACCGCUCGAUACCUCUCAUGGCACCUAACAAUCUCCCCCGUCGGGGCUUCAUCGCCCUCGUUCUCUUGUCGUUGCAAAUUGUAAAUUCUUCCUGCAAGUUGGAAUCAGAAAUCCUUCUUGAUUUUAAACAGCCACUAAAAAUCAAUAACAAUGGUGGGAUCUUGUCCAGCUGGAACUCCUCGGUACCGCCUUGUUCCGGCGAUAAGGAGAAUUGGGACGGCGUUAUUUGCCAAAAUGGCACUGUCUGGGGACUAAAACUUGAAAACAUGGGAUUAUCGGGUGCCAUUGAUGUCGAAUCGCUCAACGAUUUGCCUGGCUUGAGAACAAUAAGCCUCAUGAACAAUAACUUCGAAGGCACGAUACCGGCUUUGAACGAACUCGGUGAGUUGAAAACGGUUUAUCUGUCGAAUAACAAGUUUUCUGGGAACAUAGAGGCCAAUGCCUUUGAGGGGAUGCAUUCUUUGAAGAAGGUUCAUUUGGAAAACAACCAGUUCACGGGUCCGAUCCCAUCGUCACUGACUACGUUGUCUAAGCUAAUGGAGUUGAGCCUCGAUGGGAAUCAAUUCGAAGGGCAGAUACCGGAUUUCAAACUAGGCGUUUUGAGAUUCCUUAAUGUGUCCAACAAUAGAUUGCAAGGCCCAAUUCCUGCAAGUCUCAGCCAGAUGAACGCGAGCUCGUUUUCAGGAAAUACAAAUCUCUGCGGAGCGCCAUUAGACCCAUGUCCUUCCGCUUCGGCUUCAAAGGUACCCACUGUAACGAUCGUGCUAGUCGCGGUAAGCGUGGUGGCUUUGCUGGCGGCCAUCAUUGUAAUCAUCAUCGUCCUCCAAAAGCGCGGCCACCAGACGCCACAAACAUCCGCAUCCUCGCCGCCACUGCAUGGCCACAGGAAGGUGGCCUCUGAUGACCUAGACAGGGCGGAGCAAGGUGGCGCAUCCCCAGCCCACUCUACCACCAGCAAGAAGGGGGAAAACGUAGGGAAGCUCUCAUUUUUAAGGGAGGACGUGGAGAAGUUUGACUUGCCAGAUUUGCUGAAGGCCUCAGCUGAAGUAUUGGGAAGUGGGUAUUUUGGGUCUUCCUAUAAAGCAGCUCUGAUGACUGGGAAAAUGAUGGUUGUGAAGAGGUUUAGGCAUAUGAACAAUGUUGGGAGAGAGGAGUUCCAAGAGCAUAUGAGGAGGCUUGGGAGGCUGAGGCACAACAACUUGCUUCCAGUUGUGGCUUUCUACUAUAGGAAGGAAGAGAAGCUUUUGGUUUCUGAGUAUGUUGACAAUGUCAGCUUGGCUGUUCAUCUCCAUGGCAAUCGUUCUCGUGGCCAUCCAUGCCCUGACUGGCCGACCCGGCUUAGAAUCAUCAAAGGAGUAGCAAAGGGCCUUCUCUACCUCUACAAUGAGCUCCCAAGCCUAAUCGUACCGCAUGGCCACCUAAAAUCCUCAAACGUUCUUCUCAAUGAAUCCUUUGAGCCUCUCCUCACCGACUAUGGGCUUGUACCAGUAGUCAACCAAGAGCAUGCCGAAGAUGUCCUGGUGGCGUACAAGUCCCCGGAAUACAAGCAGAGUAAUCGGGUAACCAAGAAAACCGACGUCUGGAGUCUUGGGAUCCUGAUACUGGAGAUCUUAACCGGAAAAUUCCCGGCAAACAUCCUGCAGCAGGGGAAAGGAGGCGACACAGAUUUAGUGACUUGGGUUCAUUCGGUUGUUCGCGAAGACCAGUGGAACGGGGACGAAGUGUUUGACAAGGACAUGGGAGCGGCGAAAAACUGCGAGGGGGAGAUGGUGAAGCUUCUGAAGAUAGGCAUGCGUUGCGCCGAGAGCGAUGUGGAGAAGAGGUGGGACAUGAAGGAGGCUAUCGAGAAGAUUGAGGAGGUGAAGGAGAAGCACAACGAUGAAGAGUUCUACUCAUCUUACACAAGUGAAGGAGAUGUGAAGUCUUCAAGAGGGUUGUCAGAUGACUUCUCCUACAACAUCAAUGGUUGAGAGAGAGAGACAGAGACAAAGAG